UUGGUUUUGGAGUUGGUGACGUCAGUUGUUGCAGAGUCACUGCAGACGGUUUGACUGUAAACAAGAAGCUUCUGGCGAAGAAAAGUCCUGAUCCGCUUCAAAAACUCAGAGUAUCUGAUAGCUGGAGGUAUUUAAAGCUGGUGUCGGUCCAUCAGCGGUUCCGUGGAACGUGUUCCGCGUUUUAAGUGUGCCGUGUUUUCUUUCUUGGAUCGUGUUUUGGUAGAGACAGAGCUAGCCUUAGCCGCUACCCUUUAGCCCCUUUGGAACCAGCCAGAAUCUUCUGGACUCUUCUGGACUUUUGGUUGGUGUCGCCUGGAUAACCUGAGCCCUGGGUGGCUGGUCGGAGGAGCCUCCUCCCACCAUGGAGGCAGGAGGUAAAGACUGCGAGGAGGAGACACUGCAGACGGCAUUUAAGAAGCUGAGGGUCGACGCUGAGAGUUCGUCCGGAGCUGUGAGUGUUUCUGAUGCGUUGACCCCCAGAGCAGCGUCCCGACUUUGUCUGGAUGGCAGCAGUGGAGCGAAGGUCAAACUAAGCUGCCCGAAGGAUAACUGGCACUGCUGCACAAGGAAAACUUCCAGAGGGAUGUCAUCGCGGAGCCAGCGACGUCGGAGGUCAAAGUCCCCUAUCCUCCAGCCCCCAAGGUUCACCUACUGCAGCAGCGCAGCCUCAGCUCUGACGCCCCCUGGUGGCUGCCUGAAGCAGCAACGGCUGGCUGUGUCUGAGCCUGCAGAGCCUCAACCGGCGGUUGAUGAAGUUCCUGCAUUGUCUGUGGUGCCUACGGUCCAGACGGAGCGGUAUUGCUCAGGUGUGCUAGGCCGUGGCUCACCUGUGAUUUUUGGAGUCUGUCCCAGUUAUGACACGAGGAUGGGAGGUGUGGGUUCCUCGCUGUCCUUACCAGAGAUCACUACAGCAGCAACAUCCCCCCGGUGGGAAGGUGGUAGCUCUGGAGAUGUCCAGGCAAGUGAGGAGAAUGGCACAGAGAAAGGUUCCCCUGAUAGAGCGGGAGCUGCAGCACCUCUGAGAUCCGAGGCUGCAGAUUUCCGAGCUCUGUCUGAGCUCCACAGUUGCAGCUCCGCAGAAGGCCCCCCGGCCCCCUGCUCCUGCUCCCAGAGCAGUGCGUCAGAUUCCAAGGAGAAGAGCGAGCAUGAAGCCGGACCUCUGUGCAGCUGCAGGUCACGUGGUCCCGGCUGGAAUGGUGUGGAGGUCUACUCCUUUACUGGGCUUCGCAGCGUCAUCUCAGAGUGCAACGGGAGCCUGUCGGUCCAGGAGGACGAAUCCAGAACUCUGAGCAGUAAUUCUUCAUCCUCUGCACUGUCGUCCGGCUCUCCUCGAUCGUGCUCAGAGCAGGCGCGAGCCUACGUAGACGACAUCACGAUAGAGGACCUUUCUGGCUACAUGGAGUAUUACCUCUACAUCCCCAAGAAGAUGUCCCACAUGGCUGAGAUGAUGUACACUUAAAGGAGAAAUGAACAUUAUCCCAUCAGGAAUCAUAAAGGAAAGGUUUGUGUUCUGUGGCUAAAGGGAAAUAGGAAGAACAAAUCAGUAAUAAACAUGUUAUAACUGGGGUUUAAUCUGGAUUCUAAUCUGGAACGCGUCACAGCCAACUGUCUCUUUAGGUUCUGUUUGGUUUCAGUGUGCUCUGUCAAUCAUUUUGUUUUACAGAUUUAAAGUUUACAGUUGAACUUGCCAAAGCUUUCAGGAGCUAAACGUUUAAAACCAGCUGGGACUCGGUUCUGUCUGUGGUUCUUUGCUUAAUAAAGAUGCUAAAAGGCCUGGAAAA